AUGACAAACCCAGCAUCUCCAUACCUUCUUGAUCGCCUUCAAGCGCGUCGCGCCAUCCCCGCUACCCGGUCACGUCGCUCAGACUCAGGUCCAAGACUUACAGGUCUGGACGAUGACUUAUUUCUCGACGAGGCUAGAUCCUCUGGCAAUGACACCCUAGUGACAACACCUAAGAAUAGGCAUACACCUACGAAUGCCACUGCCUCUCUCGGCGCACGCGAAAUUGAGAAGCGCAUGGACAAAUUGUCCAAACUCAAUUUCGACCUGAAGCUGGAGCUCUUUCACUGUAGAGAACGCAUGGCCAAGAUGCAAGAGAACUGCAAACUACUUGCAUCACGCGCCGAGGAUUCGAACAGACUUGUCGAAGAGAACGCCACACUUCUUGAUCUCAAUGACAGCCUAGUCAAGGAACUGGAGCACCGAGAUGAAGCUGUGCAAGAAGCUGUCACCAUUAUCUGUGACUUGGAGGAAAGGCUUGAACGAGCACAAAUAUCACAACAGAGCCACCAUGAUUCUCCAGGAAACCUUAUGCCGCCACGACGCUCGUCCCUAUCAACUUGCCCCGUACUAUCACCACACAAGUCUGAUACAUCGGCAUGUAUGCGACCUGCUUCUGCGAGCCCACCAAGGCGUGUCCCGUCUUUCGUGGGCGACAAGAAAUCGAACGCUCGUGCUUUGCGAAGCGUUUAUUUGGAGCCAACGCCAAAAUUGCAUGCUGUAAAAAGCUUCGCCUCUCUGAUGUCGCAAAGAGAGGAUGUUGAUAAGUCCGUCUCGGAGGUUGAUACACUAGACUCACCACGAUUGAGUGUGUUGAGCAAGAGCAGUUUCCCAAGCAUCUAUGAUCUACACAGAAACCAGGACAUCGUCGAAGGUGAGGCGAAUGUUAGCCAGCUGGAUGCUAUUUCACGCAAUGCUGGCAACAAGCAUGACUCGGACAGUGAUAUCAACUCUUGGAUCCAGGUGCAGACACCACAACCACCUGUGCUCUAUUCAGGCCAGGGACAAUUCCAGCAAUCACAAUCAGACCCCGAUCGCAACCAAUACACAUCGCAAACGACAGAAUUGUCGCACAACAAACAAAAAAGGACUCCAUCGCUGAAGGGCUCAUCUUUCGGUGGAGCCUUACUACCUCCGACUCCAGAUAGCGCAAGUACUAGCGUUCUACAGGACUCAUACAUGAAUGGCCCAUCAGAUUUAAAGGUGCCACCAAGGAUGAGUGCAAACUUGGCCAACGCUGCAAAGCACGCAGCACUGCUACACACACCCGAGACACCUGGCGUUGCAGACAUGAGCAAGCUCCAUUCAAGACACUACACAGAUGGUCCUAGCUGGUCGAACAGACAUAGCGCAUCUCUUUCAUCCACUGACGAGGAGGACGAAUAUUAUGAACAAUCAGACAGUAAUACGAACGCCAGGACUGGUAGUGCCGGGUCUGAUGGAUCGUACCCUAAUGGCGGAUCGAUCGUCAAAGGCACACCAUCCAGAUUUCAAGUGCGUCGCAAGAUCUCCCCUGCUAGAGAUAUGCUUUACGACGGAGAAGGGGCCCGCCAGGCACCGCUUCAACGCCCAAACACUUUGGAAAGGGGAACAUCACAGUCACAGAACAACAACAACAGGGGUCAUCGGCGAAUGGAUCGCUCAGAGACGACGCCAAACCUUACAGCCAUACAGACACCACCAGAUCCGCUGCAGAGGAACAACUCCGCUUCCAGGUCGUCUGAAAUGCGCCCACAACGAAUGGAGCGAUCAGAGACCACGCCCAACCUGAUGACAAGUAUGCAAGUGUCGCAUUGGCCAACUCCACCAAGCUUCCAACCGGGACCUCCGAUCAAAUCGCAGUCAAACAAUGGAGGUGGUGUACGCGCAGCAAUCUCUCAGAAAACAAACAAACUUCUCCGUCGCAUGAGUGAACACCACACUUCAUCCUCCGAUCAGUCAUCAAGACUUGGCCGCCUCUCGCCUUCUAAGCGACCAAAUACCUCGACCUAUGGCGGCAGCAGUGGCAGCGACGACUCACUGGCCAUGCAAGCAGCCAACCAAGCUAUCACCACACGUAACCUCGUCGUCGCUCCUGGUGGCAGUGCAGAAGCCAAGAGUCCCAGUCGCAGUUUGUUCUCUCGUGCGGCGGGCAGCUUGAGACGAUAG